AUGGCCUCCGCCAGGCUAUCGCCAACGGCGAACCUUUUGCGCAAGUCCCGUUUAUUCGCUCUUCCGAAAUCCCUUAAAAGCUCUAGCGAGCCCUCAACAUCUCGAGCGGUGUUCGAAUCCGAUACAGCAACUCUGCCUCACCCUAUUCGGGCAGCCAUUGUCACGCCGCAAUCAUCGCUAGCCCGAGGCGAUUGGGGUCUGAAGAGACCUUUACCAUCUAAGGCGACAUCGGAGAAGUCAUCGAGACCUGUCGUCAGGGUUAACGCCCUCGAUACCUACGAACAUGUCACCGACUUCGAAUCCGCAGCGGACCACACCAUGACCCUCGAGAAGUUUCAAGAGCUACACAUGCCCAUGUCUCUUCCCUCUAGAGUCAAUUAUGCCACAAGCGUUCUCCCGAGGCACCAGAGCCCAUUUGAAGCACACCUUGAUAACACUCAGGAAAGCCGGAACAACCAGGGUAUCCAGGACCCUAGCGCCAAACAAUUCAGACACACCGGCCCUUGGCUCGCUGGACAGACAGAGGCGGAAUUUGCAGACUACAUUAAGCAAGUUGGCCGAAAGAAACCUGAGCUCAUGCAGAAGCUGCGUGAGCAGUUGAUCGCGAAGCGGUCUGCAGAGAUCCGCAAAGAGGCCCAGGAUAAUGGAGAGGAUUUGAUUGAUCAAGCUGUCACCAUUACCGAUGCAGAGUUCAACACCUAUAUCAAGACCUUGCGCAGUGACCCUAGCGCCCUUGGUCCUGCUGUCUUCGAUCUGCUCGAUCUGCCCUCCGGCCCUGCCAUUCCCAGCGAGCGCAUCGGACGCAACCACUUCGCAGCUCCCCCAACCAGCUUGUCCUCGGCUGAAUACGCUAUCUCAGGACCCCCGAAGACACACCCAUCUGCCGGUCUUUCGUACACACGCUCGCACGCCUUAAUUCAGAACCACGCCCGAUAUGGCCCGCAGGCUCAUCAGCGCCCUGUCGAGGCCCGCAUCUUGCGCCCUAAGGGCCGUUUCAAGGGCCGCAUGAACCGGGCUAUUGCCGGUGUCGGUGGUAUCGCCACUGAGGAUUUGAAUGCCAUGGCCUUUGUUGAGCAAGGCACUCCUCCAGGCCUCACCUACUUCGAUGCUUCCAUUCCCGGUGGAGGUAAAUACUGGGUCACCCCCAUCCGUGCUGCCAUUGAUGCCCAGGGCCGCAUUGGCCUUUCAUCUUACCGCGCCAGUGCAACUUCCAAGGCUCCCUACGGACUUGAAGACCAUUCCAAGCCUAACAGCUUGAGCGUCUCAAAUGUCGCCAACAGCGACGACCAGACAGUUCCCCGACUUGACAGACUCCCGCACCAGCAGCCUCGGUUCCAGUCUAGGGAAAAGCCUGGCCCGAGACGCCCCAUGCGGGGAACAGAGGAUGUCGCUCGCAGUCUCCUCGACAACCUUAACUCUAGAUCAUAA